CGUACUCAGCACUGCUCUCAGAAGUGUUCUCAGAAGCGUUCCGCUGUUCCGCAGCGUGGAUCCGUGGCAUUUGUUCGUCCGAUCUUGCGUGUGCUCUCGUUUCGUGACGUUUACCCGCCUGAGCUCGGAAGUGCACCGAGCAUCCGACCGAUUCGACUUUCACGGCUGGCAACCCGCGCCCACCAGUGUCUCAGUGAACCAGUAACCCUGGACUGUCAAGAGCUUCCUGUGCUUGGCGUCAACGGUGGCGCUCCACAUGACUGAACGAAUGUUCGGUGACGAUGCCUGAGAAUGCGCUACUUUGGUGCUGGAGUCUCUCUGGUAAGCUCCCCGCGUUUCGACGCGACUCCGCGUCGAGGUCAGCUUCGUUCGAUUGUGGGAGCUCUCCGGCAACCUCACCCAAAUCUGUUCCUUCUCUGAAGGGAAUCUGUUCGAAAGGGAUUGAGAACAGUCCUGUCGUACCAAAAGUAGAAGCGUCGCCAGCUGAAUCAAUUUACUCGAAGGUCUCCAAGCCCCGCCGCAAGGGAAGAGAUUCAGCUGUAGGACCUGAAACACCGAAAAAAAAAAGUGCUACAGGUGAAGCCGUCUAUGAAAGUAUCAUCACAUUGGAUCCCUUUGAGAUGAUCUCAAUGGCUCACAUGAAUCAACUCCAACAAGCAAAUCAGCUCAAUAUGCACUCGUUCUCAAAUGGCCAUCAGAUGCCCAACGGCAACGUGACGCCCAUGCAAAAUACCCAGGGUCCCACGAUGCACAUUGUGGCGAAUCCUAUGGAGCAGGACUCGUUAUACACAACCAUCGGCGACGUAUCUGAACGCGUUUAUGAGUGUCCGGACGAUUGCGCUCCUCCAGUUCCUCCGAAACAAAUGGAAGUUCUCUACACGAAGCCAACAAAGGUGUUCCCCAAAUCGAAUGGGGCGGCUGCGAUGAAAAUAUACAAAACUCGCGAGAGCGUGCCGGCGUCACCGACUCGAGAAUCGUCCUCGAACACUAGCUCCUCAGAUACGCGGGACCUUCAACAAGAAAAUUAUAGUCUCAAGCAGGAAAUUCUCGCUUACCGCGAACGAGUGAAGGCCCUAGCUAUGAAAUUGGAACAAUUCGACGGGAUAUCGUCCAUCGUGGAGGAACUCCAACGGAAGGUUGACAAGGUUAGUCAGGAGAACGCUCGACUCCGAUGCUUUGAACGAGAGCAUCGCGAAGCUCAAGAGCAGCUCAAAGAGGCUCAAAAACAAUAUAAACUGGAUAUGGAUCAAUUGGGACAACAGGUUAACUUGCUGUACACGGAACGAAACGACCUGGAGAGUUCUUUGGCGAAACUUCAAGCCGAGCACGAUUGCCUGAUGAUCUCGUCACAGAAUUCCGUUUCUUUUCACUAUCAUUCCCAAGCAAUGCUCGAGGUCAAGCGACUCCUCGAAGAGCUCAAGAACAAAUACCACAGCGAUAAAGAGUCACUCCUGCUAAGAAUCGAAACUGCUGAACAGGAGAGAGACGACUUCAAGGAGAAAGUUGGCCAGCUACAAGAAGAAUUGCAGGCGAUGCGAGCCGAGAAAGACUCGCUCAAUCAGAUGUAUCGGAAAGCCGCGCGUCAAAAUCAGUCCUUGGUGACACACAUCAAGGAGCUCCAAACCGAGGAUAGCGAAAUGCACGCACUCAUGCAAACUUUGCUGCAGAGUGCGCACCAGGCUGUCGCUGAACGGGAUACUUUGGAGCGCUUAGUGAAACCUAAGGAUUCUUCGAAAGUCUCGCCGCAAACCGUUGUACCAUCCUCCCCUCAGGGUCCUAAUAGUCCAGCCGCCGUACAACCGGGAACCUCAGAAUGGAUCAGCGAUCAAAGUUUUCUGUCUUGUUAA